AAAUGCUUACAUACAAACUCUAUCAGUGACCUUACUGCACAUAUAAAUGAUUACACAAACUGCUCUUGGUAAUGCAAACACACACACACACUUACACACACACACACACACCCACACACACUGGGAUGAGUCUGGCCAAAGAGGGGAUGCGGGGGAGUAAAACACAGACGGCAUCUGCUAUUACAUAUAAGAUGGUGGAUAAAUUGAGUCUGCUGAUGGGACUGCUUACUUAAUUAAACAUGCUGUUAGCCUGGCCUACACAUGAUUGAACAUGGAGAAAGGAAACAUUACGACGGAUGAGACAGAGGAUGAUCUAGACAGACAAAGAAGGAUAGAGGGAUUGUGGGAGGAAACGGGAGGGAGAGAGAUGGUCACAUGGACUAGAACUGGAGUAUAGUAUUCUGUAAAGAUCCAGGUACUUACUAAAGUCCGGAAUAAGGAACGAACAUGACUGAAUGGUGACAAGUUAUAAUUGAUUGCUUAACCAUUAAUGGUUAGUUCAUUAAUUAUAUGUACAGUAAGACAGUUGGACGUGGUGAUGUGUUGUUUCAGAGUGACUUCGUAGUGCCAUUUUUGACUAGUGCCAUGGACUCUGAACAGGUGAGACACCUCUGUUUUGCAUUCUUCUAUGACUUGAAAUACUAUAAGUACCCUGUAUUACUGUUAAAUACUCUGCAGCUAGUCUCUGGUCGGAUGACCUGCCUUCAGUUAAAUCGUUUACAUAAAAUGCAUGAGAUUAGUUAAGACACAGCAGAGAAUCUGCUACAGAAGCCGAGCUGGUUCAUGUUUAGAAAACUAGUCGCAGAACUACAGUCAGCCUUUUCUUUUCAUAUGUUGAUCUGCUCUGCUACUGUAUUUUUAUUUUAAAGUAUUCGGUUUGGUCUAGGUCCACAGUCAUCCUGACCACAGUCCACUAGUUGACGACCUUAGGUCUACAGCACGACUGUGGUGAAAAGGAGGCCCUGGAGUGAAUCAGCGUCUUGCUUAAGAGCAUAAACCAGUUCAUAUAUGACUAUGAAUACGAAUCCCUGUCUAUUGGUUUUAUUUUGGCAGGCGUGUAAAGCUGAUAUAAUAUGAUGAUCCUCUAUUCCAGGGUAAUUCUUGACGAUGCCUUUAUGAUGGAUUGAGGACGAUCGGAUCGUACACCCGAGACCCAACGCCUUUUCAUGUUUAGUGCACAUCCUCCAUAUAAGCUCCACCUCCUCAUGUUAAAUCAAUCGCCUUCCUUUCUCAUUGUGUCUCCUCCCUCUUGUGUUCUCCUCUCCUCCCCUUGUAAUGUGUCUGCCAAUCUCUGUUGUCUGCACUGACUCCUCCCACAGUGGCAUGAGCGUUUUUUCGAUGUGACGUCAGAUUGUUAUCCAGACACAGAGAGAGUGAGAAGGCUGGAAAGAGAGAGGAAGAGAUACGAGAUAUUGACUGCCAGUGGAUCCUUGUACAAAGAAAAUGAGACACUUAGUCUAGGGGUUUAAGAUGCUGUAUGAGGUUCAGGACAGAGUGUGAGAAACAGGUCUGUCGGAACGAACAAGCACAUGGAACGUGGACAGGCAUCUUUCAGUUCACUUCAUUAAUCCCAUUCUGUUCUGUUCUGGCGGUAGCUGGCACCAUAAUGAGGCUCCUUGGAGAUAGAGGAAUGCAAAUCUGCAAUCAUGAUGGAAGGAUUGAAAAAACGUACCAGGAAGGCAUUUGGGAUACGGAAAAAAGAGAAGGACUCUGAUUCCACAGGUUCACCAGAUAGAGAAGGGGGACCACAGAAGAAGAGCAAUGGAGCUCCCAAUGGAUUCUACGGCGAGAUUGACUGGGACCGAUAUAACUCUCCCAUGGUGGAUGAUGAAGGUUAUAGCAUCAGACCAGAUGAAGAUGGAGCAACCCCUAAAGACAAGUCCCACUUCUUCUCAUCCAGUGAGUCCGAGGAAGAGGAGGACCACCGCAAAAAAUUUAAGAUCAAGAUCAAACCCCUGCUUGCUGACAAUGCUGAGUUUGUGGCUCCUUCGGUAGAUGAAUUAAAAGCCUCCAUAGGCAACAUAGCUCUAUCUCCUUCUCCUCUGAGACGUAGCCCGGGUCUGGCAAAAAGAGAUGUGCCUAGUGAAGAAAUCGAAAUUGCACGACCAAGACGUUCAGUUCCCACUGUUACUCCAGUCUCAGUCCCCUCACCUACACCUGCACCUGCACCUGUACCUGUACCAGAACCUCCCAGUAGUAACAAAUCUCCAGUGCCGGAGGAUGCAAUAGCCUUAUUUGGCCCUCCACUGGAGACAGCAUUUGAAGAGCAGAGGACUGAAGUGAUGAUGGAGGAACCUGAUGUUUGGGGUGCUCCUUUACAUGAGCCAAACCCAGACUCUUCUCUAGGAAGACCUUUUCCUCCAGGACCACUCCCUCCUCUUCCACCCAAGAAUGUGCCGACUUCCCCCCCUCCAAGCAACACUACAAGCCCAGAUUCCUCCGAUGUGAAAGCAGAGGACACUUCAGCGAACACACACAAACCCUCCAUAGCAGAUCUAGACAACAUUUUCGGCCCAGCGGACUCCUCCAAACCUGGAGACAGCGCCGCAGACAAUUGGGUCUGCUUCACCGAUGACUCACUUCAAAGACCUCCUCUACCAGAAGAGCCAGGUCCACCUUUACCAAAAUUUCCACCUCCUCCUGAAGAACCUGCCCCUCCUCUUCCUAAACCCGAACUACCAAGAAACACCACACCCUCUCCUCCAGCCCCCAUUCUGUCACCCAAAGAUCCUUCUCCCCCCAAAGUACCCAUUCCUCCAGACGAGGUAGCCCUGCCUCCUCCAGAUGAACCUCUCCAGCCAAAUGUUAAAUCAGCUCAGCCUAUUCCUGAUACAGAGACAAGGUCUGGCUCAGCCAAGACUCCACCUAGUGGUCUGGAGAUAAAUGCACAUACAGUCCCCCCACCCCUGGCCCUUAAUCAUGAAGAGAAGAACAACCCUGAGGAGGGCAAUCCAAAAGAGGAACCAAGUGAAAGCAGUGCUUCACCCAAAGAGAUUGAUCAGAGCCCUAGAUCACCACCACCACCACCUCCUCCACCCCCCACAUACAAGGCAGUGGUGUCAUCUCCUGGGCCUACACCUGCAGUCACGAGUGGAGGAAGUGGCAGUGGCUCCUCAUCCCCUGUACACCCUGCCACGCCAUUGGCUGCCAGCAGCCCUCCUCCUCCCCCUCCACCUCCACGGCCGCCCUCCCGUCCCAAACUGGCUUCUGGGAAAGGCAGCGUAGGGGAUGCGAAUCGGCCCUUCAGCCCUCCCACCCACUCGUCAAGCCCGCCACCUUUGGCACCGCUGGCACGAGCAGAGAGCACCUCCUCCAUCUCCUCCACCAACUCCCUCAGCGCUGCGUCUACACCCACUGUCGGUAAAGAGCUCUCCGUGUCUGUGUCAGGUGUGACGCCAUUCUUCCUGCUCGAUGACCUUUUUGUAGACAAACUGCCCAGCUUUGAGAGGCGAGCUGACCUCCUAGCAGAGACAGACCAGCCCUCCCUCGUAUGGUUUGACAGAGGCAAGUUUUAUUUAACCUUUGAAGGCUGCUCUCGUGGGCCCAGUCCCCUCACCAUGGGCGCCCAGGACACCCUGCCCGUGGCUGCUGCAUUCACAGAGACGGUCAAUGCUUACUUCAAGGGAACUGAUCCCAGCAAGUGUGUUGUGAAGAUCACGGGUGAGAUGGUGAUAUCCUUCCCGGCUGGCAUCACCAGGCAUUUUGCCAAUAACCCCACACCUGCAGUGCUAACUUUUAGCAUAACCAACUACAGUCAUCUUGAGCACGUCCUCCCUAACCCCCAGUUACUGAGCUGCGACACCGCCCAGUCCAAACCCAACUCCAAGGAAUUCUGGGUGAACAUGCCGAACCUCAUGACCCACUUAAAGAAAGUGGCUGAGCAGAAACCUCAGGCCACCUACUACAAUGUAGACAUGCUGAAAUAUCAGGUAUCAGCACAGAGUCUUCAGUCCACUCCUCUGAACCUAGCCAUGAGCUGGAGAUGCGAGCCCACUAGCACUGACCUGAGAAUAGACUACAGAUACAAUGGCAAUGCCAUGACCACACCAGUGGCCCUCAAUAACGUGCAGUUCCUCGUUCCUGUAGAUGGAGGAGUCGGACAGCUACAAGCUGUCCUUCCUCCAGCUGUCUGGAACGCAGAACAGCAGAGAAUCCUGUGGAAGAUUCCGGAUAUCUCACAAAAGUCUGAGAACGGAGGCGUUGGCUCCUUGUUGGCCCGUUUCCAGCUAACGAACGGCCCCAGUAAACCCGCCCCUCUGGCUGUGCAGUUCACCAGCGAGGGCAGCACACUGUCAGGCUGCGACAUCGAGCUGCUCGGCUCUGGAUACCGAUUCUCCCUCAUCAAGAAGAGGUUUGCUGCAGGAAAAUACUUGGCAGAUAACUAAUCUGCACCACAGCCCCAUGCAGAAAGAAGAGUGUGUCUUUAUGGACGAAAUGAAAUUUACUCAAACCGUAGGAGGGAUGAUCACUCUGACCUCUGCCGGAUCUUUUGGGGAUUCCCUUUAUAGAUGUCUGACCCAGGCGGAGGCCGCACUCCAGCAGUAUUUUUAGGGUGUACUUCUCGUAUUUGUAAAAUCGUAAAACAUUUCAGAACUGUAUCGCUGCUGUUAGACAGCAUGGGUUUCUCCUAAAACUAGCCUCUCGUCUGUCUAACGUCUAAUCGUUGAACUCAUUGGCUGUGGCUGCCUGAAUACUGUAUAUCUCUCUAAACAUGCUGUCAGUGUUCAAGCUGUUCAGUAAGACGGUUUGUCUUGAUGAGGAUGAGAAGCUCAAGGUCUUUCUGCUGAUAGAGAAAUGUUCCAUCUAGAACUUCGAAGGUGAUUCCAAACCGACACGACCUAUUUCUUUCAGAUUGAAUAGGAAACUGUUCAGGAUUCGGCCUGCUGCUUCUUAACAUUUGCCUUAUUGGCACUAGAGGGCAGAUCAUUUUAGAUACUUCUAAUUUAUUACUCAUUCAGGUUCUUCAGCGUUAAAGGAAAGGAAAGAUGAUCGACGGUCACAGUAGAUUUGAACCAUUAAUGUGAAAAACCAAUGUUUUUGUGCUCCUGUUUAGGCAGCCACAGCUGAAACUAUGUCUUGCUUGCGAUUGUAUUUAAAAAAAAAAAAAAAAAAAAAAAAAAGGAUUUCUUUCAGUUGCAAAAAAAAAAGAGCUGUUUAAAAUGUAAUUUUAAAUGGAUAAUAUAUAUAUUGAAGGGCGUUUGGUGUUUUUCCUCAUACUGGUGAAUAGCCUUUCUGUUGUUCCUAAGACAGCAGUGUUAGACUUCUGAGUACAUCACUCUAUUUUUAUUUAUUCCUGAUCAUUUGUUGUACAAAAAAAAAGAAACAAAAAUGCAGUGACUGUAUAUGUAUAAACUUUGAAUGGUAUCACAGUUUAGAAUCCUUAAAGUUAUAAAUAUUUGAUUUUUUUUUUUGCUAUCUGUGUAGUUGGGUAACCUGUGUACAGUAUAAUGCGGAGGUAUAAUUUUUACAUUUAUUUCAGAUAUAAUUUUUUAAACUCAAGUGCAACAGAGAAUCAAGCUGUAUGUAUAUGGGUGGGGGUUAAAAGUGGCUGAAAUACUGUAUCGUGUGGGUGGAUCAUGCUUAUUGAAAAGCAGUGUUAUGUAUAUCUGCACUAUUAGUUGAAAUAUGAAUCGGUUCUGGACGGUUUAAACACUUUUACCGUUCGCACCAUCGUGCUGUAUUUAACUGUUCUCAUCUUCCUGUGCAUUUUAUUUGAUGUCUCAAGCAUGAACCCUUGUCAAACAUCCCAGCGCUUGAGUUCAUGGAUUUAUUUUGUGAAUCAUAAUGUCUCUGUGAGAUGGCAAGGAUGAGGUUUGGCAAGUGGUUAGGAUGACCAAAACGCUUCUUCCUUCUUUUUUUUUCUUUUUCUUCUUCUUUAUUUUUUUUUUUAUAUUUGUGUGUAUCUCCAAAAUUGUCCCCAAGAGAGAAUAAGCUGCAUAUUUUUAAAUGUUACAAACUAUUAAUAAAGUCAUAUAAUAUUGUUUCUUGUGGAAAGAAUACCACUGUGCUACUUUUAACUUCCCACAUGCUCUGAUAUCUGAUAUGAAGAACAAAAACAUCCUCCUGUCACAUCAAGUGACCGCUAUAGAGAAAACACUGGUGCUCGGAAAAAGUUUUUCUCCCCCAUUUGAGUUCCCAACCCACACCAACCCCCGAUGCACUGGCCUUUAACAUUAACACAACAUUCUGCGUUGAAUUUAACUCAUUAUGAGCAUCCUGAGUGCGUUCUAUAGCAGUGGAGGAGGUUCUCUCCGUAAUCCAAACUCGAGUGUUAUCCAGGCUGUGCUUGAGAGGCAAGAAGCUGUGUUGUAUGUCAGUCAGGUACUGUAAUUGAAGUGUGUGUGAGUGGUGUGCGAGUAUGUAUGUGAGUGUUCCUGAGUUGUGAGCAUGCGUGACUGUCUGUUUGAUCAUUUUAGAGUUUUCUUGCCAGCAACAUGACAUGUGCAAGCUGUGUUUGUACAGAUGGUGUUAACAAUGAACCCGAGAUUCUUUGCUCUUUCCAAACCAAUAAAAGAUGUAAGCAGA